AUGGUUUCAUGGACAGAAAGUAGUCAAUUGAAUCUCAUCGGAGAUACGAAGUUAGUGAUAGAAGAAAUAUCCUUUGCAGUGAAAGAAAUAUCUAUAUCCAACAAGUUACCUCAAGCUCCAGAUCUUUAUCAAACAAGAGAUUUGAUUUUUUUAGUCUUUAUUGCACCAAUUUUUCAAAUAUUAACAGGAACGAAAUAUUGCGUGGAGAUCACUCACCGUGGAUGGCGUGUAACAUCAAAUGAGUAUGAUAAUAUGCAUGGUGAUUUCGAACAGUUGCAGCUGCACAUCCGGUAUUAUGAAUCUAUUUAUGAAUUAUUAAGUGCUUUAUCUCCCGAAUAUCGAAAAAAAUUUUCGGAUUGCCUAGUAGAGAAACUUAUGGAAGUAAAGACACAACAGUUGGUUGAAAAUAAAAAAAAUAAAUAA